AAAUAGUUAUUUGAUAAGUAACUAUCUUAAUCUAUUAAGAAAAAGUCCGAGGGAGACGUGCCAUCCACUUACGAGGAAAAGUCUCGAGUAAGAAGAACAGCAAUAAAUUAAAAUUUAUGUAUUAUAUUACGUAGCUUGUUUGGAGAACAAGUUACCCGACAUGUCAGCGAAUACAUACAUAAAGUACGAAUCAUCCUAGGUAGUUAAUCGUUAUCCAAUCAUAGAAGAAAAAGAAAAAGGUUGCGUUUGUGAAUUUUUCGUCGAGAAUCAAGAUCUUCUUCUUCUCCUGUAGGAGUUUGAUCCUUGUCCAUAUCACAUCAAUCCAAGUUUUAAGUUGAUUUGAUAUGUUACAUACUCUGUUCGUUUUCUCACCUGAUUAGUGAAUCUUGUUAUUUUCAUAUAAAUCAUUAGGAGUGAAGAUGAGUAAAGGCAGCAGCCUUAAGCUGGACAACUAUCUCGAAAAGAGGCAAGCUGAAUCUUUAAGGAUCAUAGAGAAGUACCCUGACAGGAUCCAUGUGAUUGUGGAAAAGGCUGAGAAAUUUGAAAUCCCAAACAUUGACAAGAAAAAAUACCUAUCAGACCUAAUUAACAGUUGGUCAAUUUGUGUAUGUGAUUCGCAAAAGAAUCAAACUAAGUUCAGAGAAAGCUAUCUUCAUAUACGUAGACAAUGUCCUUCCUCCUACAGGAGAGAUUCUGUCAAGCGUCUACGAAGAGGAGAAAUAUGAAGAUGGCUUCCUCUACAUCACUUACAGUGGUGAGACUACGUUUGGUGCUUCUUCAAUCUAAAUCCAUGACCUGAGAAACACCUGCGUUUUGAUGUUUCCCAUCUUUCAGUUUGUGUAUAUUGUAUUCUACCAGCAGAGUCUUCUCAAGAUUUGUGGGUUUUUUAAUGUUCUUGCACUUUUAUUUUUAAAUAUAUAGACUAAUAUUGACCAAUGCCUAUUAAGCUAAAUAUCUUAUCAUCAACGUGUAAUUGAUCCUCUUGUAUUUUCUCCUUUUUAAUGAUGAAAAUAAUAAUUUUCAAUAUCAGUAAUAGUAUUAAUCAAUUUCCAUGGUCAAACUAGCUGGAUAUAUAUAGUUUUGUUUCUUAACUCAAAUUUUAUUCACAGAUCCUUCUCAUCAUAUCUUAGUUUAAAUUCAUCUCUUUGUAUAUUUCUCUUACUAAUGAGUCACUAACUUCUUUAUAAACCAUAUCUCUCCUUCACAUUCAUCCCAAAACCCUUCCUCAAAGACUUCCAGGAACUUUUUCGUAGUGGCUCCGUUCCAUGCCUCAUUUCAUAGGGAACCUCAAAGCGGCUUCCCUAAGACUCUUGUAGUAACAGGUUUUCUUCUCACAUUUAACCUUAUUUUCUUCGCUUUUGUAACUUCCGCAAAAUGUCCACCAACUACUCCUAAACACCUGAAACCCCGAAACCACCCAAGAAGGACACGGCGGUUAAACCCACUUGUCCAACCGACACACUUAAGCUCGGUGUUUGCGCAGACCUUUGGGGUUAGUCAUCAUUGUUGUCAGGGCCGGCUCAACACUAUUAGAAUCCAUAGGACAAAAAAAAAAUUUACUCUCUAAAAUUUAUUUUAUAUAUUUUGUAAUGAAAAUAAAACUAUAUACAUAUUAAAUAAUUUUGGAUCAUUUUUAAUUUUAUUUAUUAUAUUUAUAAAAAAAAUUUAUAUAAAAAUAUAGAUUUAUAAAAAAAUUGAACCUCUUAAUUAUUAUUAUACGGGGGACACGAGCUUGGUCCGGGGGCGGUCGCGACCUUAUCCUCCUAGUAAGCCGGCCCUUUGUUGGCUCUCCACUAAACAUUCCUUGUUGUGCACUUCUUAAGGGUCUUGCUAAUCUUGAAGCUGUUGUUUGUCUUUGCACCGCUCUUAAAGCCAAGGUAGUGGGGAUUAAUCUCAGUUUUCCUGUUGAUCUGAGCUUGCUACUGAACUAUUGUGGCAAGAAACUUCCUUACGGCUUCCAAUGUGCUUGAAGAUCUAUGAUUUUUUAAAGAUAAAACUCUCUGGUAUGCUUUGUGCUGUUAGUUAUUUUAUUGUCUAUUGUUUUUUUGUGAGAUAAGGGCAAAUCUCCAACCUUUGUUAUUUCAUAUUGAAUGGGUUUCAUUUUGUAAGGCUUGAACUUGUUAA